AUGAAGCCCUCCUUGGCUCAGGCUGCCGUUUUCCUUCCCUCUCUCGUUUUGGCAUUGCCUAGUUUCCCUCCUUCAUCUCUCGGUUCUGUCGCGAAGGAUAUCACUGCUGUUGCUGGUACAACAGGCCCCGAACAUAUCACCAUCCACUUCCGCGCGCCCUGCCAAGGCUGCUUUAUCGGCACUGAUGAUGGGCUGGAACUUACUCUCGAAAUCGAUGCCGCCGAAGAGGAAUGCAGUGCCAGGGCCCCUCGUCUGAACGGUCUUCCCCUUUCCCUUGCCCCGGGCAACCAGGUCGCUCAGGGUCAGAUCUCUUUCAUAUCAAAACCAUCGAAUGGGCUGGCCGAGAAGGAGGUUCACGCCUCUUGGCAGUCAACAUGUCUCCAGGGCGAGGCUUCGAUACUCUCUGUCCGUUUUGACGACAUUACCGGUCAGAACAACGCCAAUGACGUUUCUGGUUUCACUACUUCGUUCAAGCAGAAGGGCAAACCUGCCGUACUACGUCUGCAAGACAAGCCCAUCGACCACCUUUCGUCUCAAGAUAUAUGCGAUGAAUGGCUUCGUCCAGAGGAUCAAAGUUUAUCGAUUGUCCCGGUCAUGGCCGGCGCGGCAACCUCGAUCGAUACUCAAAUAGAAAUCCAGAUCGCAGAGUUUGAGCACCUGAGGGGGGAAAUGGAACAACUGCAAGAGCGGGUACGAGAGCACCAUCACAGGAUCAUGUCUCUGCUCAAGCAAGAGUUCUUGGCAUGCUCAAACCUCAAGUGUCUAUGGAAGACUGCCGUGAGCAAGGCCCCAACGAUCAAAAAGCUCAUCACUCUAUGUUUCUCACACCACAACCGUCACAGUGCGGGAUGUACGGAUGGCGAAGGCCAAAAAGCCUGCUCAACGAAAGAUCAGGAUGACAGUUUUGUUGGGACUAAUCUUCCAGAGCCGGCUCAGCCACCUAACAAUGUCGAAGAAGUCCACAUUGACGACAUCGUGCCACCACCAUCUCCGCAAGAGCCACCGCAGCAACUGCAUGACGAAAUCAACGAGCCCCCUUCCCAUGAAGGAGGUGAAGAGGGGCAUCCUCGGCCGCCCUUUGAAGAAGAACACCCUCACCCUCCAUUCGAAGGCGAUCACCCUCACCCUCCAUUCGAUGGAGAACAUCCUCACCCUCCAUUCGAUCACCCUCACCCCCCGUUCGAUGAAAAUCACCCUCCACCGCCUUUUGCAGGAAAACAUCCUCACCCCCCGUUUGGUCCUCCAUUUAGAGGAGACCAUCCUCCCUUCGGUCCACCACACCGGCCACCUCAGGGCUUCCCUCCUCCACCUCCUGGACAUCAUGGCCCACCGCCCUUUGGUCCUCCUGGCCCACCUCCUGGGAUCCCCAGGUUCGGGCCAUUUGGACAUGAAUGGGGAGGAUACAGCUUCGAGGCUCGUCUAGCCCUGACCGUAACCUCGCUCAUCCUCCUCAUAAUACUUUCUGGGCUCACCUUCCGUUUGAUCCGCAAGAGCUCCUGGUACCGUGACCCCCGCCGUCAAGCCGAUCGAGCUGCAAGGCGAGAAGAGCGUCGAACCCGGAAGCUGUACCGCAAAGCCGCAUGCAAACACAAGUGGGCGACAUGGUGGAAGCAUUACCGACGCCAAUGUUCCAACACUGACUACGAAGAGAAGCGAGAGAUGGUGCUUGAACAAGAAGGGCUCUUGGAAGACGUGAUGCAGAAUGAGAUUCGCACGUUACGGAACGCCUCUGAUCUUGUCAGAGAUCUUGUACGGGUCGAAGAAGGCAGAGCCCGAUUCAACGUGUGCAAUCAUGCUCACCAUCCUCCUUACCCGUACUCACCCGCGGAGCAUGCCGGCGGCAUCGGAAGCAGUAAUUUUUCAGAAGUUCCUCCGUUGUAUGUUGCACCGCCUCCCCGGUAUGAAGAGGAGCUCGAGGGCGAAUUGACUGUCGUUGAUGGAUUCCGAUACACCCCGAGCAACACGGACGAUACUCCUGAUAGCAGUAUCAUUGAUUGCAGCUCGCGGCUGAGUCUCGAGACGGGCGGAUCAACAAUCGCCAGCAAGGAUGCCCGGGACUAA